CUGGGGGCAGAGGACGGCAGGUCGGGGGCUGGUGGGAGAGGCAUGGCUCACAAACGGAGGGAUGGGCAAGUGCAAGAAGAACGAGUUUCAGGUGAGGCGGUGGCGGUGGGCGCAGCAGUGGGGGUGGCGGCGACGGUGUGGGCCAGGGGUGGACUGCUGGUGGCGCUGCUGAUGCUGCAGUCGGUGUCGGGGGCGGUGCUGGGCGCGUUUGAGGCUCUGGUCAAGGCGCAUGUCAUUGUGGUUGUCUCUCUGACCAUGGCGGUGGGCGCGGGAGGGAACGCGUCGAAUCAGGCUGCGGUGGCGAUGAUCCGCGCUCUGGCCACCGGAUCGGUGACGCCUGCGACGGCGGUGAGGGCCAUGGCUCGUGAAGCCGCCAUCGGCCUGGGGCUGGCGGCGGUGAUGGCUGCGGCGGCCGGCGCUCGGACGGCGUAUGCGGUGACGAUCGGUGGCGCAGCGCCGGACGAUGAGGCUUUGGUCACCGCGUCGAUUGCCGCCAUCGCCAUUGCUGUCGGUGCCAUCGUCUUUAUCUCGGUCGUCCUGGGAGCGAGCCUCCCGCUCGCGCUCCAUGCCAUCGGACUCGACCCUGCGCACGCCGGGCCUGUUGCCCAGGUCUCGAUGGACAUCAUCGGUGUCGCCGUCGUGUGCGUCGUCUGUGGCGCGCUGCUUCCCACUCCAGCGGCGGGCGCAGCGACUAUGGCUGGCAGCGGCUGGCAUUCGGCGCGGCCGGCGGCGCCCACUACUGGCGGCGGGCGCGGGCUGGUGAACUCGGCAACGAUGCGGCUGGUGGCGACGUUUGUGUUCUGGUUUGCAUCGUCGAUUGUAUCAUCAAACGUGAAGAAGGCAGUGCUGAACGGGAUCUCAUUGCCGCUGGCGCUGACAACGUUCCAGUUUGGGGCGUGCGCGACGUGCACUCUGCUGUACAUCCGUGUCUUCCGCAUCCCGUCGCAGCCACACGGACGCGGGUACGGCAAGGCCGCGGCGGUGGCGCCGGACGCGCUGCCGCUACAUCACGACGAGCGGCCGCACAUGCAGCAUGCGCUGACGCUCAACGAGAUGCUUACCAAGGUUGUGCCGCUCUCGCUCACCCAAGUCGCGGCGCACUUCUUCACGGCCUUCUCCAUGUCGCUUGUCCCGGUCUCGUACAUGCACACGGUCAAGGCCAUGGGCCCGAUCUUCACCAUUAUUGUCUCGACAGUCUUUCUCAGCAAGAGCUAUCCGCGCAAGGUAUGGAUUGCGCUCAUGUUCAUCUUUCUUGGCGUCUCGCUGGCGUCGGCCACUGAGCUGGUCUUUGACAUGCUCGGCCUCAUUGCAGCGGCGUCGUCGGCGCUCAUUGGCGUCAUCCAGUCGCUGUACUCGAAGCACAUGCUGAGCUCGAUGUCGAUCUCGCACGAGCAUCUGCUGUUCUACUCGUCGGCUGUUUCGUUUGUCAUUCUUCUUCCUGUGGCGCUCGUCUACGACGGGGUCCGUGUUCUCGACGCGCGGCUGUCCGAGGUUGGCUGGCUGCUGGUGCUCCUUGCCGGCUCACACUUUGGCCAGUCGAUCGGUGCCUUCCAGUUCCUGGCGUAUGUGACGCCGCUAGCGUAUGCCAUCGCCAACACUUGCAAGCGCCUGGCCAUCAUUGUCUCGUCCGUCGUUUACUUUGCACACCCGGUCUCUGCGCUCAACGCGCUCGGUAUGCUCAUUGCGUUUGGUGGACAGGCUGCGUAUGUGGUCAUCAAGUCGUCAGGCCGCUAAUUGUGAGCUGGACAGUGGUGCCUGUGGGUGUGCGGACGGCUCUCGAUCAGUGGUGGUGCCCCUUGCACUCUCGCCCGCCGUGUGAAUGCCGCCCUGAUGCAGCAGCGUGGCGACAGGUAGUGCCACAUUUCCGCGGAAAGCGGACGACGUUGGAGCACAUGGCGCGACCAAUGAUGACCACGGCGAGAAUGACGCAAAAGACGAUCGGGAGCGCAACGAGGAAGACGCUGACCGGGUCGUUGUCGUCAGCCCAAGCACCCGCAGACUUGCUGAUGAGGUGCGGGACGACUAUGGUCUUCCAGAACUCGUCGCCCGCGCGCCCUGCGCCGCACACAACGACAGCUUCGUCCAAAAUGGUAAAGCCGGC